ACUUGUUGUAUUCUUUGAACUGAAAUUUUCCAGGUAGAAACAUGGCCAAUAUUUCCUUGCCGUCUUCCCGUCCUUCACAAAUAUCAGCUACUAAGAACGAAACUCCAUCAAUAAAACCUGCAAGUUUUGCUCAAUUCCCUUCAUGGGUCUCUCUCAAAAGCACUUCUUCUUCACUGAAAAUCCCCCUAAGCCAACAAGGCCAAGUAGAGAACGUACACUUAGUUUCUUUAUCUAAACAGGGGAAACUCAAAGAAGCUCGUGACUUCCUCAAACAAAUGGAGGAAGCCGGCGUUCCCGUCAAUCCCCACUCGUAUAAAUCCCUUCUCGAAACCUGUAGCAAAGUGAGAUCUUUAUCGGACGGUAAAUUAAUUCACAACCAUUUGCGAAGAACGAUGAAGAACCCAUCUGGGUUUCUCGAGAAUUCUCUUUUGCAAAUGUAUUUGGACUGUGAGAGCUUUCUGCAUGCGGAGAAACUGUUUGAUAAAAUGAUUGAGAAAACUCUAGGAUCUUGGAUUAUACUUAUUUCUGCUUAUUCACAAAAAGGUCAUCUAAAGAAAACUUUUUCGUUAUAUUCACAAAUGGUUGAGUUAGGAAUUAGACCGAAUUCGACUAUUUUUACCAGACUCUUGAAGAGUUUAUUUGAUCCUUCUGUUUUGGAGAUUGGGAAACAAAUCCAUUCUCUCCUUAUAAGAACUGGGUUAAGCACCAAUGUUUCUGUUAUCACAGCGAUCUCCAAUAUGUACGCUAAAUGCGGGUGGUUAGAAGGGGCUAAGCUCGUUAUGGGUCAGAUGGUUGAAAAGAAUGCUGUAGCUUGGACGGGAUUGAUGAUGGGGUGUACUCAAGCUGACAAACAAAAAGAUGCUUUGGAAUUGUUUGGUAAAAUGGUAAAGGAAGGUGUUAAAUUGGAUGGGUUUGUGUUUUCGGUUGUUCUGAAAGCGUGUGCUGGAUUGGAGGAUUUGAACUUAGGGAGGCAAAUUCAUGGUUAUGUUGUAAAACUUGGGUUCGAAUCUGAUGUUUUUGUGGGAACUCCUGUUGUGGAUUUAUAUGUCAAAUGUGCAUGGUUUGAAUCUGCUUGCCGAGCAUUUGAGAGGAUAUCUGAACCGAAUGAUGUGUCAUGGAGUGCUAUAGUCACUGGCUACUGCCAAGUUGGUAAAUUUGAGAAAUCGCUUAAGAUUUUUAAAUCGUUAAGGAUUAAAGAUGUGUCUUUGAAUUCUUUUGUAUAUACCAGCAUUUUCCAAGCAUGUUCUGUUCUUGCUGAUUUUAAUGUGGGUGCCCAAGUUCAUGCAGAUUCAAUAAAAAGAGGUUUAAUUUCGUAUCUUUAUGGAGAGAGUGCAAUGAUUACUAUGUAUUCAAAAUGUGGUAGAUUGGACUAUGCGAAUCGAGCGUUUGAGUCUAUUGAUGAACCUGAUACUGUGGCUUGGACUGCAAAUAUAUGUGGUCAUGCUUAUCAUGGCAAUGCUUCUAAAGCCCUAAGGCUUUUCAGGAGGAUGCAGGACUCUGGUGUGAGGCCAAAUGAAGUUACAUUUGUGGCGGUUUUAACUGCUUGUAGUCAUUCUGGCUUGGUUACAGAAGCUAAACUGUAUUUGGAGUCAAUGAGUCGUGAAUAUGGUGUGAGACCAACUAUUGAUCAUUAUGCUUGUAUGAUUGAUAUAUACUCUCGUGCUGGUCUGCUGCAAGAGGCAUAUGAACUGAUAAAGAUUAUGCCCUUUGAUCCUGAUUCAAUGAGUUGGAAAUGCUUAUUGGGUGGGUGUUGGAUCCAUAGGAAUCUUGAGCUGGGAAAAGUUGCAGCAGAAAAUCUACUUCAGCUUGAUCCAGAUGAUACUUCAGGUUAUAUUUUGAUGUUUAACCUAUAUGCUUCAUCUGGGAAAUGGGAAGAAGCAGCUCAUGUAAGAAGUAUGAUGGGUGAAAGAAAGUUGAAAAAGGAACUUAGCUGCAGCUGGAUUACUGUCAAGGGUAGGGUGCAUCGGUUUGUAGUGGGCGAUAAACACCAUCCUCAGACAGACGAGAUUUAUGAAAAGUUAAAAGAAUUCAACCAUUCUGUUAUGAAGGAUGAAGGUGGCGUUCUAACAGAAGAGGAUGUACAAUUUGGUUUGCCUGAGCGGAAACAGCAACUUAUGGACCACAGUGAGAGACUUGCCAUAGCAUUUGGGCUCAUAACUGUACCAAGCAAUGCACCUAUUAUUGUUUUCAAGAAUCUCCGGGCAUGCAAAUACUGCCAUGAUUUUGCAAAACAUGUAUCCAUGGUCACAGGACGCAAAAUCACCGUUAGGGAUUCCUGCAGAUUCCAUCACUUCCAUUUAGGGCAAUGCUCUUGCAAUGAUUAUUGGUGAUGCUUGCAAUUUGUUUUGCCAUGAGAGGUUGUCACCUCUCAUUGGGAUCAUCAUCAGACAGUCUCAGCUUCUGGCUUAGGGGAAAGAAAAUUAAUUUAAGCUGUCUUUUUCCUGGAUUUCACUGUUGCUCUUUCAUCUCAAUCACAAUCUGUGUGUGUAUAUAUAUAUAUAUAGAUUUUUAACAAUGGCAAUGCUCCGGAUACAAUGUUGUGGCUGAAAUUUGAAAAAAGGAAAAAAAAAACAAAAGAAAUAGAGCCAACCAUAAGAAAUUCUUUUAGGCAAUUGUGGUGGGGUUGGCUGCGGAUACACGCGUGACUGCGUAACAGGAAGCACACAAUAUUUGUUGAUUUGCAAAAAUGUGGAAAAAGGAAAACCUGCAAGCGCAUGGGUGGCCCAACAGUGACAAAGUCCAAGAAUCCAAGGUUGAUUGGUACUUGGUGCACUUUGCAACGAGCGAUGGCAGCCAUUUUUGUUGCGGUGGGACUAAAAAGUACAUAAGCAGCAUCAUGGAGAAGGGAACCCUUCACCGCCUGACACGUCUUUGUUGUAUUAAACUACUUGAAUAGUGAAGUUUAAGAAUCUCCAGAUGAUUGUUUGCCCACAAAAGAGUAUCCGGCACAUCCCAGUGUGUCAUCUGUCACCAUGGAUGGGAACCUUCCUCUCCUUUUCUUCGCCUGAGUGCUCACUGCCUGGUCUAUUUAAUUAAGCGGAUAACCAUAUUACUUAAUUAUUAUAUCUAAUCACUUUAGAUAUCUUGUCUUUUCAUUUUUUUUCCUCUGGUUUUUCUUUCUGAAUGAGCCAGUUGGGUCUUACAUGCACUUGACAUGUCAGCUCAGCCUUCCUACUCGCUUUUCAUGUAUCUGGCAAGUUGUCCAAUAAGCCAAGCAUCUAUUAUUUGAGAUACGGAU